AUGAAUUCAUCUCAGUCUUAUGGAGUAAAACGAAGCUUAUUUCCAGCAGAUAUUGGUAUCCAGGAUAGUCCAAAACAUCUAUUAUCUGCAAAUAAAUCAGCAUCUAGAAAUCAAACAUCAAAUAAUAAAAAAAAUAUUGGAGAUGCAGAAGAUGAAAAAAUAUCAUCAAUAUCACAAGAAACUGCAACAUUUUCUCAAUUUUCACAAUUUGAUAAUGAAUUACCUAUCAAAACAUAUGAUGAAUUAAUUGAAAUAGAAAGUAAAAUAGCUAGAGACAAGACUUAUCGUUCAUAUUUUGUACAACGAUUUUCCUCUGUUGGAGGAAAAUCUAUUGCAGCUAUGGAACACAUUACUGGCCGUUGUAACAAAAAGCGAAAUUUUGCUGGCUUAUUAAUAAACAAAAUAAUUUUUGAGUCUGUAUUCAAAAUAAAAAAGUUUGCUGCUUCAGAUAACUCAACGAAUCAAAUAGAGCAAGUCAUCAAAUAUGUUUUAAUUCAAACACCAUUUAAAUUAAAAAGGCAAAAAGAAUCUACUAUUCAUACCACGACAGUUAUGGAACAAUCCUAA